GAUAAGUAGACAUAUACUUCCUGGAGAAACCCUCAUAUUCAACUUUAAGGAGUCAUAGUUCCUGGAUAUUUCUAGGCACCACGAAGAUAGCCUUAAGAGAACCAGAACCCAACCACAGGGCCUGUCCCCCCCUUCCCGAAUUUGGUACGGUCCGACCCGUCCCCUUCUCGAGGCGCGUUAACGUCAUUCCGUUUCCGGCGUCUCGCGCAGUUCCGCCAUGGCCUCCGAGGAAGCGAGCGGUAGUCCUCGUAGGUCUCGGCGGGAGUCGGAGGGGCGCGCCCGGGGACAGGACAAGUAUUCAGUGCUUUUGCCCACCUACAACGAGCGCGAGAACCUACCGCUCAUCGUAUGGCUGCUGGUGAAAAGCUUCUCCGAGAGUGGAAUCAAUUACGAAAUUAUAAUCAUAGAUGAUGGAAGCCCAGAUGGAACAAGGGACAUUGCCGAACAGUUGGAGAAGAUCUAUGGGUCAGACAAGAUUCUUCUAAGACCACGGGAGAAAAAGUUGGGCCUGGGAACUGCAUAUAUUCAUGGAAUGAAACAUGCCACAGGAAACUACAUCAUUAUUAUGGAUGCUGAUCUCUCACACCAUCCAAAAUUUAUUCCUGAAUUCAUUAGGAAGCAGAAGGAGGGUAAUUUUGACAUUGUCUCUGGAACUCGCUACAAAGGAAAUGGAGGUGUAUACGGCUGGGAUUUGAAAAGAAAAAUAAUCAGCCGCGGGGCCAAUUUUAUAACUCAGAUUUUGCUCAGACCAGGAGCAUCGGAUUUAACAGGAAGUUUCAGGUUAUACCGAAAAGAAGUUCUACAGAAAUUAAUAGAAAAAUGUGUUUCUAAAGGCUAUGUGUUCCAGAUGGAGAUGAUUGUUCGGGCAAGACAGUUGAAUUAUACUAUUGGCGAGGUUCCAAUAUCAUUUGUGGAUCGUGUUUACGGUGAAUCCAAGUUGGGAGGAAAUGAAAUAGUCUCUUUCUUGAAAGGAUUAUUGACCCUCUUUGCUACUACAUAAAAGAAAGUUACUCACUAUACUUAUCAUGUUGAUUUCAUUUAAACAUAAAAGAAGCCUGGUUGCUGAUUUUUAUAAAAUGUACUCUUAGAGCAUAAAUCAUAAGGUAAGGUAAAUUUCAUACAAAUCUUUUUUCUGAGGAAACUCCAUUUUGUAUGUCAAAUGAAAUUAGAAAAAUGAACAGUGUUCUCAAUUUUCAUUUUGAUUUUGCUAUCUUAAGACUUGUAAAUAAAUGUACAUGGGGUUUUUUUGUUUUUUGUUUUUCAGAAAAUAUUGCUGCUUUCAUUAGAGUAUGUGCAGAAUUUUGUACAUGGGGAAGAUUUUGAAGUAUAUAAAGAACUGGACUCAUAGCUCUUUGUAAUAGAUGUCAGAAGCAAGAAAAAUGUUAAUUAUGUUCAUGAAAUAUAUAUGGCUAUUUCUGUAUUAAUGAAUAAGUAGACACCUCUGCCCCUUCUUCAAAAAUGUAUCUCAGAUUUCUUAAACUAGAUAAAAUAUGUUUAGGUCAUGAAUUUAGAGUUGGGCUGUUUGUAGCUCUUGAAUUGAUGAAGCAUUUCAUCUGUCACAGCAAGUCUGUUUAACAUACUGUGAAUUGGAAACUUGACAUCUCUUGAUUGCAUAGCUACUAUUUUUUCUAUCCUGAGCAAUAACUUCUAUCAGUAAGAAAAAAAUACUGAUGACAGUAAGGCAUCAGUAUUUUGAUGACUUCGAGACUUAGUUGCUAUAGUAAUUUUUAAACCUCUUGCUAAGCUGUAAGUGUUCCGCUGGUUAAAAUGCUCCUUAAGUUUAAGCUGUUCGUGAAAGCCAGCACAAAUGUUCUGUUUACCUACCUUCUCUAACCUAAGUGUUU